AUGGCGGCGGCAUCUGGCCAAAGCCGCGCUCUCCAGGCGCAACCGAGCCACACCACGAGCGGUCCUAAGGAAGCCGCGGGCCUACUGCCGACUCCGACGGCGCAGGAGAUCGCCGCGAUCCAUGGUAAGGGGAAGCUACCGGGCUAUGAGAAUGUGGUCGUGAGUGGGAUUAUGGGCCAUGGGGCUCAACAGAUCAGAUCGAAGGGCCGAGGCGAACCGGAGAUCCCAACGGGCUCCGGUGGCUGGGUUCGGAGCCAAGCCCUGACGGGUGGAAGCUGGGUCGAGCUAGUCGGUCGGGCUGGGUUGGGCGUUCGAAGGAAGCCGAUCGGGGAUCCAUGA